UGAACCCCGAGCAAAGGGGAGGAAGCCGGCGGCGGCCCCGUCAGCAGCCGGCGGCUGGGAGGCGGGGCGGCGGCGGCGACGGCGACGGCGACGGCGACGGCGACGACGACCGUGGUUCCCAGGAGGGGCGGCCGCGCUGCUUCCUGCGAGCCGGCCCCGCGGGCGGGCGGGCGGCCCGAGGGCGCGGCGCCAUGAAGCUGUACAGCCUCAGCGUCCUCUACAAAAGCGAGCCCAAGGCGGUGCUGCUCAAAGCAGCGUACGACGUGUCCUCCUUCAGCUUCUUCCAGAAGUCCAGUGUGCAGGAAUUCAUGACCUUCACAAGCCAGCUGAUUGUGGAGCGCUCCGCGAAAGGCAGCAGAGCUUCUGUCAAAGAACAAGAGUACUUGUGCCAUGUCUACAUCCGGAACGACGGUCUUGCAGGUGUGGUCAUUGCUGAUAAUGAGUACCCAUCCCGGGUAGCCUUUACCUUGCUGGAGAAGGUUCUAGAUGAAUUCUCCAAGCAGGUUGACAGGAUAGACUGGCCCGUGGGCUCCCCUGCUACAAUCCAUUAUGAUGCCCUGGACGGUUACCUCAGUAGAUACCAGAACCCUCGAGAAGCUGACCCCAUGACUAAAGUGCAGGCUGAACUAGACGAGACCAAAAUAAUCCUGCACAACACCAUGGAGUCUUUGUUAGAGCGAGGUGAGAAGCUAGACGACUUGGUGUCCAAAUCUGAAGUGCUGGGAACGCAGUCUAAAGCCUUCUAUAAAACUGCCAGGAAACAAAACUCGUGCUGCGCAAUCAUGUGACACAGGCUGCAGAGGCCCUGUGCUGGACCGUCACCAUCAUUCACAUCAAAACUGCAGCCUCCAGAAGAGAAGAAACAACCAUAGAAGAGGAUCUGGAGUGGGGCGGACUGGCCAUUUUUAAUUUGGAGUUCCUGGGAGGGACCGAGGGAUGGUGGAAGGGUGGGGAACACACAAAUUCUUAUGUCUGGUUGUGAUUUGGGGGAAGAAUUUGAGUCCUCCAAAGGUGUAUUUUUGGGCAAAUGAAACCAUAAACUCCGAGUGGCUCCUGUGGAUGCUCAACGGCUCAAUGCUUCUCAGCCAACCUGGGAAGGCUUUGCAAGAGGGAGGUCAGAGCCAGCACUUUCUUGAUUCUCGAUAUGUCUUUGGAUUUUAUUUGUACAUUAACCAUAUUAACACUCCAGUGAGUGGGGCUGUUGGGGUGGGGGGGUUCCUGCUGACAGGGCUGGGUGGGCAGAGUUUAAAGCCUCUUGGGAAAGCCUUCCCUGGGGCCACUGUUGGAGAUGGGCGAGCCCACCACAGUGGCCAGAGCUUGGUGGUGGGCAGCGCUUCAGACUCAGGGUUUGUGGGGGUGGAAACAGUCAUUGGAUCUCACAAGUUCUGAGACUUGUUCCUGCUGGGAUUGGCUUCUUGCUGCAGCAGGGCCCAUCCUGAGCACCUUUCAUCCAGUACCAGGGAGUGACUAGUGGGAGGUGCUGGGAAGGAGCUGAGACACAGGUGGAGUGUGUGGCUGGGGACUGAGCCUGGGAAGGUGCGACAGUCAGCUGGAGCUCCUGUCUUCAGGGAAGGUCCAAACAGGUACACUCAGCUGCCCAGGUAGGGGGACCCCUGCCUUGACCUGCAAUUUGACUUUGAACAUCAGGAUCAAAACAGCAGUGCUGUAGUCUCUCAAGACUGGUUUUUAUUUGCCUCUCUGGCUACGAGACUGUCUUGGCAACUGCCUGGGCCUGUGCAUCUGAACACAUGGGUCUUUCCCAUGGACACCAGGAGGAGAUGCCAGCCAGCCUGAUAAUUCCCAGCACUGCCUGCGGUCUGGCAAGUGCAGGCCUGUGAGCCCCUUCAUGGUCAGAGACAGCUGCAGGGAUGGUGGAGGCCGAGGGUUGGUCUGAGCUGGUGCCCACCCGGGGCAGGAGCUGCCACAGCUGAGGCCUGAACUCUGGACAUAGCUGGAGCAGCCCAAGAUGUGCAGCCCCUUGGAGUCCUAGCACUGUGUCCAAACUGCUGCUUCAUGCCCACUCUGCUGAGGAUGCACGUGGGGCCCCCCCGGAAGCCCCUGCUGGAUGCUGUUGACGAGUUUUGAGCCCGUGGACUCAUCCUUGGAAUCCCUGCCCUGAGAGCUUCCACUGUCCCUGCUGGGAGUCCCAAAUCCCCAGUUUGGGCAGGGGUGGGCAAGGCAAGAGGGUGGGGCCUCUUUACCUGCCACUGCCCUUUUUCUCUAGGCACUGUGCUCUCCCCCUGCUGUGUGGUGGUCCUACCACCAUGGACACCCCCAGCCAGUGCCCCCUGGAAGGCACAGACCCAGCCUGCUGACUGGUGCCUGAGGAGUAGUGAGGUGGGCCUGGAUCCUGAGGGAGGGAGAAGGAACCAUGGGACAUUGCCUCUUUCCUUGUCCCCAUGUGGAGGAUGCUGGGGAGGGAUGUGGGGGUGGGUAGUGAAUUUGGGAGAAGAGGAAGUGAGACUUUCAGCCACCUCUGGCUGCCUUUCAAGGGGCUGGGCCUGGGUCUUGCUGAGCAGGGCAGCCGGGUAGGUGGGUCUGACUCAGCACAGUGACGACACAGGGCCCGCCUGCUUUUCCCUGCACCCUGUAGUAUGCUAAUGUUAAAUCAUUUGGCAAGAGUGUGUUUUUUAUAUAACUACAGCCUAACUUCUCGGUGUUCUGUUUGAGAGGUCUCUGUUGGGAUAAAGUUGUCUUUUGGAAUUGCAAA